AUGGCCUACAAUCGGGACGAAGAGGACCGGCGAGAUGAGGACGAUGGCGACGACGAGAUCGGCGAGACUGAUUACAAGAGCCAGAAAGACGCAGUCCUGUUCGCCAUCGAGGUCAGCAAGUCCAUGUUGGAGUCCCCGUCCGAGGAGGAAUCCAAGGACAAGGAUAGCGCAGUCACGGCAGCGCUGAAGAGCGCAAGCCUGAUGAUGCAACAACGAAUCAUUGCUCAGCCGAAGGAUAUGAUGGGCCUCAUCUUCUACGGGACAGAGAAGACCAAGUUCCGUGGGAACACCAACAGUUCCUCGUCACAGUAUCCUCACUGCUAUGUGCACACAGACCUUGACAUCCCGUCGGCAGAGGUCGUCAGAACCCUAAAGGACAUGGCAGAGAACAACGACGAUCCAGAGGGUGUUCUGAAGCCCGCAGGAAGCGAUCCUCCGAUCAGAGAUAUGCUCUUCUGCGCAAACCAAAUCUUCACCACCGGCGCCCCGAACUUCGGUUCCCGCAGGCUGUUCAUUGUCACAGACAACGACGACCCUUUUUCGGGAGACAAGAAGUUACGGGAGCAGGCAGCCGUACGCGCCAAGGACCUGUUCGACCUUGGGGUGACCAUCGAGCUGUUCCCCAUCAGCCGGGAAGGGCGCAAGUUUGACCUCGACAAGUUCUACAGCGAUAUCAUCUACCUCGAUCCACUUCAGGUCGCGGACCCAGACGCAGCAGACGAGAUCAAGACCAUCAAGUCCGGCGACGGUAUCUCGCUUCUGCAGUCCCUCACCUCAAGCAUCACUGCCAAGCAGACGCCGAAGCGCGCCUACUUCUCCAGCAUGCCCUUUCAGCUCGCCCCCGGGAUGACCAUCUCGGUCAACGGCUAUCUCAUCAUGCACCGACAAGUCGCCCAGAGAAACUGUUACGUCUACAUUGAGGAUGAAAACGCCCCAACGCAGCUUGUCAAGAGUGAGACGACCAAGACUGAGGACGGCUCGAUGCGGACCGUGGAGAAGACAGAGCUCAAGAAGGCUUACAAAUUCGGUGCUGGAGGCGACCUCAUAUACUUUACACCCCGUGAGCUUGAGCAGAUCAAGGAGUUUGAGCCUCCGUGCAUUCGCAUCAUUGGGUUCAAACCACAAUCAAUGCUCCCUUCCUGGGCAGCUAUCAAGAAGUCGAUAUUCAUCUUCCCUACCGAGGCAGGCUUUGUAGGCUCCACACGAGUGUUCUCUGCACUCUGGCAGAAGCUUCUCGACAGCAAAAAGAUGGCCAUCGCGUGGCACAUCGCGCGGAAGAACGCCCUUCCUCAGCUUGUCGCAAUUCUGCCGUCCCAUAAGCCGUCAGAUGAAGACUCGGGCACGCACUACCUCCCCGCAGGGCUGUGGCUCUUCCCCCUGCCAUUCGUUGACGACAGGCGGGACCUCGAGCCCAUCAAGCAGCAACCCGUAGUCCGUGCUUCAGACGAGCUGAUCACACAAAUGCGAAGCAUCGUGCAGAACCUGCAGCUGCCCAAGAGCAAGUAUGACCCGAGCAAAUAUCCUAACCCAGCCCUACAGUAUCACUACAAGGUUCUUCAGGCCCUGGCCCUAGACGAGGAUAUACCUGGGCUAAAGCAGGAGGACCAUACGCUACCCCGGUACAGACAGAUCAACAAAAGAGUCGGGGCCUAUCAGGCCGAGUUCAAAGAGAAGCUGGACGAGGAGGCAGCAAUUGUGAGACAAGAGAUGGCCAUCAAGCGGGAGGCUGAGGAGGAUGCAGACGAUCGACCCAAAAAGCGGACCAAGACCGCCCCAAAGAAGGCGGGAGCAGCUGGCGGCACGACCCUGAAGGACCUGAACGAAGCCAUUAUGGACGGCUCUCUCAAUAAGAGAACUGUCGUCGACUUGAAGGCGAUAUGCACUGAGAGAGGCCUGAGCACCAGCGGCAAGAAGGCUGAUCUGCUGGAAAGGAUCGAGCAGUGGACCGAAAGCCAGAACUGA